AUGUCUACCCCACACCAUUUACAGAUCAUCAAUCCUGAUCACAGCCAGAGCGACGAAGCCGCCUGGUUUCCAAGGUUCGCUCUGCUUCCAACAGAGCUUCGCCACCAGAUAUGGAAAAACUCCCUGGAGCAUCAACGACUACUGAAGGUCGAACUGGAGACACGACUAGAUGAUGAAGCGCUGGGGACGCCACGGCACCCAAGGGCGAGCCAAGUCAGUCAACCCGUACGCGGCGGGGGCUACCACCUCGUGAGAACGAGCCACCAGGCAUACGGCGAGCUAUUACGCGUGAACGUCGAGUCGUGGGAGGUAGCCCUGCGUUUCUACCGCGUCCAGAUACCGUACUGGUAUUCUAAUCCCACGGGCCACGUGGAAAGGGAGCGUGGGAUCUUUUACUUCAAUCCGGAAUACGACAUCCUGCAGCUCGAAUGGUUUGAUCCCAUGUGUUUGGUCGAAUUUCUGUAUGACCUCAAGACGUAUGACCCAAAGGGUAUUGGCCUCCUCAAUCUGGCAUUGGAUAUCGACGACCUCGACAGCCAUGACCUGGAUCUGCCGCAACAGUCAGGCCAGGAAGCCGCCGUAAUGGAUGCCUGUAAAGACACGAUAUCGCAGUUGCGAGAAAUCAAUUGGGUGGCCAACUCCUAUAGCGGUCGGCAGGUGACGGGCAUGAUCAACGACUUCCCGCACGUGAAGAAGGGGGAGUCCAACCACUCGUGUCCCAUCAUGCCGGUAACGGUCUCCUUCGACCGCAUGUGCCGCGAUCCGCGACCCAUCGCACCCGACCUACAUCAGGUGCUAGCGUCGAUGGUCGAUCCCAUCUUUGUGCGCAUGCUGUGGCGAACUUUUCUGCGGGAAUUGGACAUCCGACCUGCGCAGCCGGCCAGCCAGCGCUUCAUGGUUGCCUGCAUGCCGAUCUCACACGAGACAGCUAUCGUGGACGUCGAAACGGCGGACGAGCUCCUGGACGUCGAGGACGAGCAGUGGCGGCAGGCACAGAAGCAGUGGCCCAAUAUGGGCUUGGAGGUUGCCGGGCAGGACCCCGUGGAAGAGCUGGAGAGCGCGGUGAGGCCAGCGGUGGGGUUUUGGCUGUUGCCCAUGGACUUGUAUCAAUUGAUAGAGGCCCCGAGUGACUCGCAGCCGUCGAAUUUGGUGUUUGAUGCGACGAAUCAUUGGCCGGAGUUGGGGUUGGCGAUUUUGCCUUAA